AUGCAACAUCAACAGUUGGAUUUUUCCGGAAAGGUUCAGCAGAAUAUUGGAAAAACAGGUAAUGAAAAAACAAAUUUACCACAGGAAACCAGGCAGAAAGAAAAUAAGAGAAGUAGAAGAAGAAAUUAUAGCGAUGUCAUACUUGAGUUAGAGUCAAGACAUAUUGAGAAAACUAUCACAAUGGCAGGAAAUGAUGAAGAAAAAGUAAACUCUGCAAAAAACAGACAAAAGUAUUUCAUUAUAAACACAGACAGAAAUAAAGAUGGCUUUAAAGAAAUAAAUAAUGAAAACAGGAAAAUGGAUGCACUGUUAGAAGGAAGUUGGUCUGGAUCUGGAACAACAGAAACAUCCCCUGACACCACAAUGGUCAGAGACACUGCAACAGCCAGCUCACCACCGGAAGGGUCUGGAGACGUGGAUACAACAGAAGCACCCUCUUACACCACAACGGUCAGAGACACCAUGACAGCCAGCUCUCUGCCGGAGGGGUCCGGAGAUGUAGAUCCAACAGAAACACUUACUAAAUCCACAAUGGUCAGAGAAACUGCGAUAGCCAGCUCACCGCCGGAAGGUUCCGGAGGCGUGGAUCCAACAGAAACAACCCCUGAAACCACAACGGUCAGAGACACCAUGACAGCCAGCUCACCGUCAGAAGGGUCCGGAGAUGUGGAUCCAACAGAAACACCCCCUGACAGCACAACGUUCAGACACACUGCAACAGCCAACUCACUACCGGAAGGGUCUGGAGACAUGGAUCCAACAGAAACAUCCACUGACACAACAACGGUCAGAGACACUGUGAAAACCAGCUCACCGCCAGAAGGGUCCGGAGACGUGGAUCCAACAGAAACACCCUCUGACACAACAAUGGUCAGAGACACCGCGACAGCCACCUCAUUGCCAGAAGGGUCCGGAGACAUGGAUCCAACAGAAACACCCCCUGACACCACAACGGUCAGAGACACUGCAGCAGCCAGCAUACCGCCGGAAGGGUCCGGAGACGUGGAUCCAACAGAAGCAUCCCCUGACACUACAGCGGUCAGAGACACUGUGACAGCCAGCUCACCGCCAGAAGGGUCCGGAGACGUGUAUCCAACAGAAACACCACCUGACACCACAACGGUCAGAGACACAGCGACAGCCAGUUCAGCACCGGAGGGGUCCGGAGACGUGGAUCCAACAAAAACACCCCCUGACACAACAACGGUUAGAGACACUGCAACAGCCAGCUCACCGCCGGAAGGGUCUGGAGACGUGCAUCCAACAGAAACACCCCCUGACACCACAACAGUCAGAGACACCGUGACAGCCAGCUCACCGCCGGAAGGGUCCGGAGACGUGGAUCCAACAUACACACCCCCUGACACCACAACGGUCAGAGACACCAUGACAGCAAGCUCAUCGUCGGAAGGGUCCGGAGACAUGGAUCCAACAGAAAAGCCUCCUAACACCACACAACGGUCAGAGACACCAGACAGCAAGCUCACUAGCGGGUCUGGAGACAUGGAUCCAACAGAAAAGCCUCCUAACACAACAAUGGUCAGAGACACCAUGACAGCCAGUUCACCUUUGGAAGGGUCCGGAGAUGUGGAUCCAACAGAAACACCCCCUGACAUCACAACAGUCAGAGACACAGCGACAGCCAGCUCACUACCGGAAGGGUCCGGAGAUGUGGAUCCAACAGAAACAUCCCCUGACACUACAACGGUCAGAGACACUGUGACAGCCAGCUCACCACCAGAAGGGUCCGGAGAUGUGGAUCCAACAGAAAAACCACCUGACGGUACAACGGUCAGAGACACUGCAACAGCCAGCUCACCGCCGGAAGGGUCCGGUGACGUGGAUCCAACAGAAAUAUCCCCUGACACUACAACGGUCAGAGACACCGCAACAGCCAGUUCACCUUUGGAAGGGUCCGGAGACGUAGAUCCAACAGAAACACCCCCUGACAUUACAACGGUCAGAGACACUGUGACAGCCAGCUCACUACCGGAAGGGUCCGGAGGCGUGGAAGGGUCCGGAGACAUGGAUCCAACAGACAACACCCCCUGACACCACAACGGUCAGAGAUACUGUGAACAGCCAGCCUCACCGCCAGAAGGGUCUGGAGACGUGGAUCCAACAGAAACACCCCCUGACACCACAACGGUCAGAGACACCGCAGACAGCCAGCUCACCGCCAGAAGGGUCCGGAGACGUGUGUCCAACAGAAACACCACCUGACACCACAACGGUCAGAGACACAGCGACAGCCAGCUCACCACCGGAGGGGUCCGGAGAUGUGGAUCCAACAAAAACACCCCCUGACACACAACGAUCAGAGACAUUGUGA